AUGGCGGGAUUGUCUGGUACAGGAGGCCGCGGAGACCCUAUUGUGAUCGCGCCCUCUCCGCGUCCCCGGAGCGUAUCCGCGGAGCAGCCUCGCAGACAGACUGUCGAUGACCUGAUCGAAGAAGAACGAGAACGCCAGGCUCUCUUCUACCCACAUGGCAACGGAACUGCUUCUUCUUCGAGCCCUCUAAUUGGGUCGUCGCGUGCAGGAGGCGUCAAUGGCUCGAGUCAAACAUCGGCGGAUCAGCGGUCGGCGCAGAUGCAAACACGACCGGGGGUGGGAAGGCCGCGGGCAAGUACAGCGCAUGGAGACGUCACCAUGUACCGACUUCCAACAUUGCUGGAGGAGAAUACGGAUGAUGGGAAUGAUAAUGGCCCGCCUCAGCUCCCAGCAUCCCAGCCCCGUCGUCCUCCUCUACCUGUGUCUACAUCCGAUACCAGGCUAGUCACCGCCCUCAAUCGUGGACACCACGCACGCUCGCCGUCUGGAAGUGCUCUGCAGCCAGAAAUUGCUGUGAUGAAGCUCGGAAGGAGCCCCAAUGCUCCGUUUGGAUCUAUGACAGCCAAUCGUGUUGCAACUGGCUCUGCUCCUGUCGAAGGCAACCUGUCUCGAGAUUCGUACAACAAGAUGACGACCAGAAUCACGCGCAGAAACUCGAAAGGAAAGAGCGAUGGGAAGAAUGUGCCAACUUCUGAUAUGAAGAAGAGCGUUAUCGACAAAGGCAAGGGACGAGCUGUUAGUGAUAACAGGGGAGGGCCAGUCAUCGAUGUCCAAGGCAAAGGUAGAGCUACGGAUACCGAUCUCAAUAUGUCUCCUGGCAAGAACAAAGCGAUCGAUGUAGAUCUCGAGCGGCCUAGGAGUCAAAGGAAGGGCAAAGGAAGAGCGCCGGAUACGCAACAGGCAGAAAGCAGCAAGACACGCAGAGAAACCCUUACGUUCCCCGCUCAACCUGAUGAGCGCUGGCCCGGAUUUGACGCACGAGACUUCUAUAAGGAACAUGAACCUGAUGAAGUGGAGAAUAUGAAGGUUACAGGGAUGAGGCGGCUCGAGCCGCCUUCCGCUCCGGAGGCGUCGACCUCAGCAUCUGCCCCGCAAGCGCUGCCGGAACAGCAGCCAUCACACCCCGUACCACAACAGCAUAUGGUCUGGUCCGAGCAACAGCAAGCUCUCGUCAAUAUGGAGCAGGAUCAUAUACCCCACCUCGCCUUACCAGCCUCUGUCGAGCAGACGUACACAAUCCAGGCGGAGCCGUUCGUCCUCACAGCAAAAGUCAACUCCUCUGAACAUUGGCCAAACCCAGCUCCAGAUGAAACCGGCCAGACAGCGAUUGACGAGCUCGGCAGGCAGACCUGGGAUCAGGCCGCCACGCCAGAAGGAGCUCAAGCAGGACGUGCGGCCUCACGUGGUGUAGAUUCUGUCAUGCAUGACCUGUUUGGAACUCCCUCACCUGCGCCAGCGGAGCCAAUGUCAUAUCCACCUCCCAUUCAGGAUGGGGCCGUUCAACCUGUGCAGCAAUCUGCACCUCCCGUUCUCGAAGCAGUUCCAGGCACUUCUGAGCUUGUCCAGGUUCCCCAAACCCAACACGCCGUGUCCGAGCCGGCAUGGCUGGGAGCUCAAGCCCCUGCCACUCAAGCACCUCGGGUAUUGACACCGCCUCAGCCUGAGCUGCAACCAGUUUUCUCGCCAAACCUCCUGAAUCAGCUGUUUGGGUUCAUGGAUCCCUCGCUCUUCCAAUCCCCGCAACUUCCGGUACCAGAAGAACUUGGGUUGUUGGAUAUUUCAUUCUUUCAAUCUCCUCCCCUUCCUAUGGCACACGAAGGUCACGGGAUAAAUAUGCACAUGCCUAAUAUGGGGGAUGCUCUGCAGCCUGUCCACCAACAUGAGGGAGCAGACCAACUGAUGACUGUCACACAAUGGGAGCAGUUACAGCAAUCAGGCAUUCCCAACCACCCGCACGCACCCGUGCCCUUCUCCGCACAUGCUCACGAAACCUCUAUGAACACUUACACGAAUCCACAACAGCAACAGAAUAUACGAUAUCAUGACCCCGACCCGGGACUUAUGAUCCAAAUGCCUUAUUCUAUGCCUUCCCAGCCGCAACCGACUUACCAGCCUAGCACGUUCCAGUCAAACCCUUAUUUCCCGAUGACGCAACUUGCUCCGCAAAUGAACUCAGUUCCUGUCCCCACCCAGGUCGAUCAUCAGUCUCAAGAACCACAAAACCCUAGGGAGCAGGUCGUUCAUGUCGAACAGGAUGACGUAGAGGAACUGAUGUCCUCUGGCGGAAGUUCGCCCAUCUGGAUCCCGGGGAAUAGUAAGUGGUCAGGGGACUUUUGGAGAGAAGGAAGGGAUGGGAUGCAUUCAAACAAGUAG